AUGGCCACAAUGCUGCGCGCUUGCACUUCAGUCUUUCUUAUCUCUUUCAUUCAAGGAACCUGUAAUGUCCUAGCCUCUGUCCAAGCCGCACCUCCGAACCCACUUCCCUACGCUGUGUACAACGAUAGUAUGAAUGGUAGCAGCUGCUCCGACAUAAGCGGGGUAAUCAACGCCACGAACACCUACCGAGCUUGGCACCAGUCUCCCCCCUUAGCGUGGGACCCUAGUCUGGCCGCAGACGCCCAAGCCUAUGCGGACGAGCUGGCCGCGAAGCAGUGCGAGCUGGAGCAUGCCGCAGUGGGAGGAGAGUGCCUCUACAGCGUUGUAACGUAUCCCAAGCCGGACUGGAGCUGUAGGCGUGCUGUGGACGCCUGGUACUCCGAAAUGAAGCUGUACGACUUUACGGCAGGCAACCCGUACGACUACAACAUACCCCGCGGCACGGGUCACUUCGUACAGCUGGUGUGGCGCAGCUCUGCCGUGUUCGGGUGCGGGGUGGGCAAGGCGGAUGUGCCCAUGAGCCGCAUGCCGGGAGGGUACGGCGGCUGCAAGAUCGUCGUCUGCCGGUACAGGACGGGCUUUAAAGCGAAUAACUUGGAAUUUCAGGAAAACGCAGUAGUAUUGUUCGUGACACGUAGGAAGGCCCACGCACGUUUACAUGUACAGCGAAGGCCCACGUACUGUAACCACGCGUACUAG